CCGGGGCUUGGGGCAUCCGCCCGCCGGGCCUUGGGGCAUCCGCCCGCCCGGCCAUGCUUCUGCGGCCGCUGCGGAGCUGGGCCUGCCGGUUACUGCGCUGUGACGGCCCCGGAAACCCCGCCUCCGCCCCGGGGUCGCGGGCGGCGCAGCGCUGGGCCUGGCCUCUGGAUAAAGAUAGAGAAAAUGAAAAAAAGAAAAAAUCAGUGAUCUGUGUUGAAGGCAACAUUGCAAGUGGGAAGACGACAUGCCUAGAGUUCUUCUCCAACACCAAAGACGUUGAAGUGUUACCAGAGCCUGUGCCCAAGUGGAGGAAUGUCCGAGGCCACAAUCCCCUGGGUCUGAUGUACCGUGACGCCUGUCGAUGGGGCCUCACGCUGCAGACGUACGUGCAGCUCACCAUGCUGGACCUGCACACUCGUGCGCAGACGUUACCUGUACGAUUGAUGGAGCGGUCGAUUCACAGCGCAAGAUACGUUUUUGUAGAAAACUUGUAUAGAAGUGGGAAGAUGCCUGAAGUGGACUACGUGGUUCUGUCCGAAUGGUUCGACUGGAUCGUGAGGAACAUCGACUUGUCCAUCGACUUGAUAGUUUAUCUCCAGACCACUCCUGAGACCUGUUACCAGAGGUUAAAGAUGAGGUGCAGGGAAGAGGAGAAGGUCAUUCCACUGGACUACCUGGCUGCUAUUCACUGCCUGUAUGAGGAGUGGCUCAUCAAAGGGAGUCUUUUCCCCGUGGCUGCCCCUGUUCUGGUGAUUGAGGCUGACCACGACAUGCAGAAAAUGUUAGAACUCCUUGAACAAAACCGUCACCGAAUACUAACUCCAGAGAAUCGGAAGCUUGGUCCAUAAGAUGGGAAAGAUCCUGCCAGAAAAAUGCCUGCUGCUGCCAAGCUGGCUAUGAGGAGCAAUUUGGGAAAAACCCGCUCUUGGGAGGGCUUUCUGUCUGGCCGCAUUUGUCUUCCUAAUGGUCUUCUUUCCUUGCCAGUGUCUUUAUCCUGGGUUUCUGGCCUCCUGGGUAGAUGGCAUAAUGGGACCCAUGGGUUUGGCCUGCCCUUUGGAGCUCGUAGCCUUGCGUUUCCUGGACGCCUCUCCUGGUGGUUUCUCACCACCGGAUCCCUCUAAGUAAGGGCAGAGCCCCCUGACUUAGGCUGGACCCAUGGUCUCUAGUCCUUCAGACCCCCUGGGAGGGCGAGGUGGUCGGCUUACAUCCCAGAGGAGGAAGUUGAAGCUCAGCGAGGCUAAGGAACUUCCUAGGGUCACUUAGCCAGUGACAGUGGAGUCAGCACCAUUCAGACUUGGUGACUCCCAGAUGACCUCUCGCCCCAGGCUGCCCCCGCCUGAGAGCCCUGCCUGCCCUGCCGGAGACCCUCACGCGUGCGUGCGGAGGGCCAGCCGUGCAUGGAGCUGGCGUCGUCUCUCAAUCUGAGCAGUUCCCAAGGACAGUUAGCAUUUCUAGGCUUUCACAAAAUUGUGCCGUGUUUGGCCGGAGCCUGGUGUUCAGCAGUUCUCUAGCAGGAGGCCAGGGUGGCACCUACCACCUUGUCAUUGGGACUUCCUGAUCCUUGGCUCCUGAAUGGUGCUUGGUCUCCUUGGUGACAACAUUCCUGCUUGAGCUGCUGCUGAUUUCCUGUCGGCAGUGGCUUGUGGCCCCAGGCUGGUGUGUGCGGUGCUGCCCUGGGGCACGAGGCCACCACCUGGCUUCUGAGGCUCUGUGAGGAGCUUUGGCCUGGAAUUCUUGGGAGUGUGUGGCCCAGGGCAGAGACACAAGUGGCCUUAAAUCUUUUUUGAAAUGUUCUUCUAUCCACGGGGACCCCUUGGGCCAUAGAGCAGGAAACUUGCGUAGCUGUAGCAGCGCCUUGAAGGCACGGCUGUCUCCUGCGUCAGGUGGAAGCAAGAGAAGGGAAGAGCUGCUCUUUGGGGACAGUCUGGACCAGAAGUCGAGCUUGAAAGCAAAGGCUCUCGGAGCAUUGGUACUCCUGAUGUUUGGAGGUGGGCAGAGGGAGCUUCCAGAGGACUGGAUGCAGAAACGGGGAUGGAUUGAUUGUGAACUUGGGGAAACAGGCCCGGGCUUCUCUGAGCAGCAGCUGGGGUACGUAAAGGCAGGACGGCCUCGACCCAGCCUCUGUGCACGAGACUGACGCCCAGUAGGGGACGGGUGGCCCUGGUAGGGUCCAGUUCCAGAGGCAGCGCUAGAGGGGCAGCACUCUGGCUUCUGGCCCUUCCUGGCUAGACCGACUCUCGGCCGUGUGCAGGGGAGGGCGGCAGCCCAGUGGGGACGUGUCUCGUGCCCGGGUGUCGGUGACAGACAGAAAGCUGGGUGAGGCCGUGCCUCUGUGGCCGGGCAUCUCCGUGUGCUGGGACCAUCUUUGGGACUUUACGAAUGGGACAGUCCGAUUUUCCCCACAGCUCAGUUUGGGCAUCUGUUUGGGGGGAAGUGUGAUUAAAAAGAAGUCAUGUGCUAUGGUAGCCAGUAAAUCCCUCACCUGAGACCUGGUAA